UCAUUUGGUGUCAGUUGAGAGUCAGACCUCUCUCUGUUUGUGUUAAAGAGUCCUCUGCCGAUUAAAACUAUCAAACUACCGGAACAUUUACCACCAGAAACAGCUAACACCGUCGGUAACCGGAACGGAAACUCCCCGGUGAUGAAACGGCUUUAGGACGACCGUAACUUUGGUGAUGUGUGUAGCGGUGCUGAUGGAGACGCUCUGAGGGUGACACUGGGAAAGUCCUCACUCUUCCUCCUCCUUCCUCACUCUUCCUCACCCUUCCUCACCCUUCCUCACUCUUCCUCACCCUUCCUCCCCCUGAAAGCUGCACACAUGUUUUCUCUUGGUCAGGAGAACAUCCCCUCCUCCCCGGCCUCCACCAAAGGACCAGUGAAAUAUGGAGAGCUCAUUGUUCUGGGGUGUAAUGGCUCUCUGCCAAACGGAGACAAGGGGAGGAGGAAAAGCCGCUUCGCUCUGUGUCGCAGGAACAAGGCCAACGGCGUGAAACCGAGCACCGUGCACUCCUCGUGCACGCCUCAGGCUGCCAAGGCUGUGAGCGACAAGGAGCAGCACAGUAUUUCCUACACUCUGUCCCGGGCACAGACGGUGGUGGUGGAGUACACGCAGGACGGCAGCACGGACAUGUUCCAGAUUGGCCGCUCCACAGAGAUUCCCAUUGACUACGUGGUGACGGACACGCUGCCCGGGGGUCAGAUCCAGGUGGACGGUCAGACGGUUCAGAGCACCAUCUCCCGCUUCGCCUGCCGCAUCAUCUGCCAGAGAGACCCUCCGUUCACCGCACGCAUCUAUGCCGCCGGCUUCGACUCCUCCAAGAACAUCUUCCUCGGGGAGAAAGCAGCUAAAUGGAGGAUGCAGGACGGUCACAUGGACGGACUGACCACCAACGGGGUUCUGGUGAUGCACCCCCGACAGGGCUUCACCCAGGGCUCCAAACCCGGCCUGUGGAGGGAGAUCUCCGUCUGCGGAAACGUGUUCACGCUGAGGGAGACCAGGUCCUCUCAGCAGAGGGGCAAGAUGAUGGAGCCUGAGUGUAACGAGCUGGUGGACGGCUCCCUGGUGGACCUGUGUGGAGCGACCCUGCUGUGGCGCACUGCAGAGGGGCUCGCCGACACCCCCACCGUCAAACACCUGGAGGCCCUGAGGCAGGAGCUGAACGCGGGGCGGCCGCAGUGCCCCGUGGGCCUCAACACGCUCGCCUUCCCCAGCAUGCGGCGCAAAGACGUCCUGGACGAGAAGCAGCCGUGGGCCUACCUGCGCUGCGGACACGUGCACGGAUACCACGGCUGGGGGGGCCGCCGCAACCCCGAGGUGGAGGCGGAGUGCCAGGAGAGAGAGUGCCCCAUGUGCCGGACGAGGGGCCCCUACAAGCCCCUGUGGCUGGGCUGCGAGGCGGCUUUCUACCUGGACGCAGAGCCGCCCACACACACAUUCAUCCCCUGUGGACACGUGUGCUCGGCGAAGACGGCGGCGUACUGGAGUCAGAUCCCGCUGCCGCACGGCACACACACCUUCCACUCUGCGUGCCCCUUCUGUAUCGAGGCGCUCAGCGGGGAGGCCGGCUGCAUCAGACUCAUCUUCCAGAGCCCGCUGGACUAGAGACCCCUCAGACUGCUUAGCUAAACAACAGAAGGGUGGAAGAAAAGAGCAAGGAAAGUUGAGUGUCCUCGACCACCAAUGAGAAAUGGACUGUGCUUAUAUAGCGCUUUAUCCAGUCUUUACGACCCCUCAAAGCGCUUUACAUGUUCAUGUACAUUCACCCAUUCACACCCAUUCAUACAGAGCAGUGUACCUUACUCUAGGAACUAACAUUCGUACACAUUCACACACUCAGGGUUCAGUAUCUUGCCCAAGGAUACAUCAACAUGUUGACUGCUCUGGCUGGGAUCGAACCCACAACCUUCUGGUGGAAAGACGCCCGCACUCCCUCACAGCCACAGUCGCCCAUAAAUACAGUUAUAGUAGUUUGACUGUUGUGUAAACGAGCAAUGAAAGAAUAUCCGUCUCUUCACACUUUAAGAGAAUUAUUGUUUAACAUGUAAACUAAAUAAUAACCAUUGCCUUCAAGAGGAUGUUUAAGAGGCAGAAAACCGCCACAAGCUUUCUUUCAUUCCAGUAAAACAAAGGACUAGAGAACCCUCAGACUGCUUGUCUAAACAACAGAAAAACGAGUUCUUUCUAUAACUUAAUUUUGUAUAACUUAAUUUAACUUAAUUUUUGAGCAACAGAAAUACACUUAUUGGGUAUAUGAUUCAGGCUUUCUUUGUUGUCCUCUGAAGUGGUGAAUGUUCCUCACUAGUUUAAACUGUGAAUUGCAGUGAAUGGAUUCCCUGUAAUUGUCACACUUUGCAAAAAUCAUCCUUCAUCAACCCUGCCUUACCUAAACAACAGAAGGCAUAACCAUGAGUCUCUUUGAUCACUUAAUUGAACUUAAUUUUGAGCAAUAUAAAUACAUAUAUUGGGUUUUUGAUUCAGGCUUUGUUGUCCUGUUCAAAUGGUGAAUGUUCUUCCCUGGACACAACUGUAAUGAUUGCCUCACACUCUUCAAUGUAAUGUCCUCGCCUUAAAGUACAUCAAAGUUGAGGAAAUUGCAGUUAAUGUAUUCCCUGUAAUUGUCGCACUUUGCAAAAUCAUCCUGCCUUGUCUGAAAAACAUAACCCCGAGUCCUUUUGAUAACUUAAUUUAACUUUUGAGCAAUAUAAAUAGAUGUAUUGGUUUGAUUCCUGCCUUCUUUGGAAGGUGUAUAAUGAUGCAGGCUUUGUUGUCCUCCUCUUAAGUGGUGAAUGUUCUUCCCUGGAUGAACUGUGAUGAUUUGCCUCACUCUUUAUUUAUUCCUUGACCUCUUCAGUAAUGUGUUUUGUAAAUCAAUGCAAUAUCUAACAGCCUUAAAGAGAAUUGAACACUAAGACACGAUCACAGUUUGGUUUUAUUGUCUUUGGUCUAUUUGUUUUCUUAAGGCUUUUCUAUGGGAAAAAGGGAAAUGUAAACAUGUUGGGGAAUAAACUAAUAUUUCUGUAUUUAAUUA